AUGUCAGAUCAUCUUCAGUCUAUUAUUUCUAAUGAAAAUAUUGAAAAGCUAAUGUUAAGUAAAGAUAACAUUCUAGAAAAUGAUUUUCAAAAUACGAUAGAAACUAACAGUGAAAAAGAUAUAUUGGAAGUAAUAGAAAUCACUACAGAUACUACAGAUACUGAAGUAUCAGAAAUGGAAAUUGAAAAAGAUAUAUUUGAAAUAAUAGAAGUAAGUAAUAAUGAUAAUAGUGAUGUGGCAGUAG